UGAGUCUGCUGUAUUGAACAGAACCCAAAAAACAUGGAAGGAUUUUGGUCCCACUACAUCCUCUGUCUAACCAUGUUUCUGACCCUAUUUCAUAAGUUAUCACACUCUCAACAAGAAUACCUAAACCAAACAGCCUUGAAUUGCUCUAGUUCUCCGGGUAUCUCAAAAGGGUAUCUAUGUGAUACAGGCCAUUUAAGAUCAUGCAACUCCAUUGUCACCUUCAGGUCUCGGACACAAUACAACACGGCAAUCGAAAUAGCCUAUCUUCUUGGCUCAGAAGCCUCUAAAAUUGCUGCACUUAACAACUUAUCAUCUUUAGUUGACAAGAUCCCAAUCAACAAGUUGAUCAUGGUUCCUGUUUCUUGUCAAUGUUCCGGCAAUAUUUUUCAACAUUCCACUCCUUACACCGUGGUAAAUGGUACAUAUUAUUUCAAGAUAGCUACUGAGACUUGCCAAAACCUGACCACAUGUCAAGCAUUGAUAGCUCAGAACUACUAUGACCCCAUUAAUAUUCCAGUCGGAGCUGUCUUGAUAGUUCCGGUGAGAUGUGCUUGUCCAAGCCAAAACCAAACAGCGAGUGGGGUGGUCUCGCUUUUGACAUACACAGUAGAGAUUGGUGACACAGCUGUCUCUAUCGGAAAGAUGUUUGGGGUGAGCGAACAACGCAUAUUGGAGGCCAAUAUGUUGUCUCAAGACAAAAAAAUCUAUGAUCAUACGCCUAUAUUGGUUCCACUGAAAAUGGAGAGUUGCUCAACUUACCCUGAAAUGUUCUUCUGUAACUGUUCAAAUGGUCAACUUGGUAAUGGAACCACCGGACUGACUUGCAUCUUAGAUGAUCAUGGUAAAAAAAUUCCAGCCAAAUUGGUAGCUUUAUUAGGAGUUGGCAUUGGAUUUGCACUCUUAUGCCUGUCACUAACAGGAUACAAGGUAUAUCAAUGGUUCAAUAAAAGGAGAAUAAAAAUCCGCAAGGGGGGAUUUUUCAAGCAAAAUGGUGGCCUUUUGCUUCAAGAAAAAGUCACAUAUAGUGGAAGCCAAGAGAAAGUGUUGCGAAUUUUUACUACUGCGCAACAUUUCGUCUCAACAAAUCAACUGAGCAAGUUCUAG